ACAACUGCGAAGCAACGAAAAAUCUGUUCGUAUCAAUCUACAACUCAUCGAUCGAUCAGUUUCAAAUCCAUUAUUCUUUCAAACGCUCUACGAUCACUGAACUAAAUCUCACUCGAUAUAAAAUGAAUUCUUUGGGAUUUUUUUUCUUUUUUACAUCACUAUGGUGGUGGAAUUUUAUAGCAGAAGUGAAUUCAACAAAGCAAAAUGCUCUAAUCUUCAACCCAGAUGAAACCAAACUCUUAGACAUAAAUCCAGAGGACCAAGAUUUGACAAUAAGCCAUCGCUUUAUAACUGCUUGUCCAGCUUCUUCGGAUUCAGAAGAUGAAUACAUAUUUAAUGAGCAUGCUUCCAUUACCAGAAACAGUCUAUUCUUACAAAAGCUGUACAACAGUGGCACCCUAGCAAAAAAUACUAAAUUGGGUAUUUGUGAACAACCACCAAUACCUCAAUUGCUGCAGGAUUAUUCAGACGAUGUUUACCACAUCGGUUACGAGUUGUUUUAUGAGAAAGGAACGAUCAAUUUAGAAUUCGAAAAAUAUUACGAUUACAUUGAGGUUUUCAAGAGAAACCCACAAGAUAUUCCUAAUCCCAAUUCGAACUACGUAACUUCAGAAAUCGAUGGCAAAAAUACCAUUUUUAGAAUUAAUGGAAAAGAAUCGCAGAAUCCAAUGGUAUACUAUUGGAUAAAUGUAUUGUCAAUCACUGUCAGCUCUGUUGAAUUCGGAAGAGUCAUUUCCUUCGAAAAAGACACCAUCAAUUAUCCAAAUAGAUCUCAAACAAUGUCCUACUGCAAAACUUACUACUUGGAGAAUGGUAAAAUCUCAGAUAACGAAAACCCCAUAGCACAAAUAUCCGCAGAUGUUCUCGAUAAAACCCCUCGACUGGAAAAAACUCAAAUACUACCGAUACAAAUUUUCCACACACAAGCUGCAAAACUUGCUACUUGCUUUUAUCUGAAUUUCGCCUUCAUAUGGAACAACGUCGCGAAUGAGUCAUUGAAACAAGUCGAUCUCUUCCUAGACGCGAUGUAUCAACUAUGGCCUUCUGAAAUUGAUUUAUACUUCGGUGUGAUUGGUGAUUCGGAUAAAAUCAGUUCCGAAACGCGAAAUGAGCUUAAAACAGAAGACUACAGUUUCCUGCAAUUUGCCAUCCCCCAAAUCAUAUUUCGAGUAGUGAAAUACACGACUGGAGACACAUCUUAUCAAGUUGCCAUCAUUAUCCAUAACGAUAAAAAUCCGAUACAAGAAACUGACAGAAUUUGUAACCGAGAUCCUGAAUUAGAAAGUUGGAACGGUAUAGAGAAUGAAGAUACCUCACCUGGAAAGGCUUACGCUUGUGAGCUCACACAACGUUUGGCCGAUCAAUUGGACUUUUAUAAUUAUAACCCUCUCUCGCUGCGUAUUCUAAAAUUGGACAAAUUUCCGGAAUUUGAUCCCUCUAAAAACCAAACAACCGAACGAAAUGUGUUGGAAGAUAUUCGUAAAAAAAUUGAUUUCAUUAAAACAAUUAAUGUCGGGAAUUGAUUAGAAAAAUGUACACCUCAAGUUCAGUUAAUUCUGAAGCUCUGUAUAUGUAAUAAAUUUAAUGUAAGAUUUAAAUUAUUGUUUCAA